AUGGCGGGAGAAGCUAUAGCAAAAGACGCAAGUAAUGCCAUUGCAUCGUUGAAAUUGUUGACCGACGAACAAAGGUCAAAUGCGUUGCAAGAGAUCCAUGACUCGCUUCAGCAGCAGAAAGAAGAUGUGCUUGAAGCCAAUAGGAGAGAUCUAGACAAGGCCAAGAAGGACCAGCUUUCUUCUUCGUUGAUCAAGAGAUUGGAUUUAUCGUCUCCCGGAAAAUAUGACGCGAUGUUGCAAGGGAUUUUGGAUGUUGCCAGUUUGCCAGAUCCACUUGGGAAGGUCACCCUUGCCAAAAAAUUGGAUGAUGGGUUGACUUUGUACCGUGUCACGUCUCCGAUUGGUGUGCUAUUGAUCAUAUUCGAGAGCCGACCAGAAGUCAUUGCCAACAUAACCGCCUUGGCGGUAAAGUCGGGAAAUGCUGCCAUCUUAAAAGGUGGCCGAGAAUCGUACCAAACUUUCAAAAUCAUGAGUGAUAUUGUUAAUGCGACAUUGGCAAACAAGACGGAUGUUCCAGCUCGAGCAAUUCAGCUUAUACAAAGUCGCGAGGAUGUUGCUGACUUGUUGAACCAGGACAAGUAUAUAGACUUGGUGAUUCCAAGAGGGUCAAACGAGUUGGUGAGGAACAUCAAGGCCAAUACAAAAAUACCAGUUCUAGGACACGCAGACGGUAUUUGUUCUAUUUAUGUCAACUCGGAUUUUGACAUGGACAAGGCCAAAAAGAUAAUAGUGGACUCAAAGACAAACUACCCGGCAGGAUGCAAUGCAGUGGAACAAUUACUACUCGAUAAGCACAUCCAAGGUGACAAGGUCAAGGAGAUUCUCGGCUCACUAGUGGAAAACAAAGUGACGCUUCAUGUGACUCCAGAUGUACGAGAAUUGACCCAGGAUUUGGAUCAGACUUUUGUCAAGGAUGCUGUAGACGAUUCAUUUGAUAAAGAGUACUUGUCGUUUGACAUAUCGGUCAAAUUUGUUGCAGAUGUUGACGAUGCCAUAAACCACAUAAACCAACAUUCAUCCAAACAUACCGAGUCCAUAGUCACUGAAGAUGAAGCCGUUGCAAACAAAUUUUUAAAAAGUAUUGAUUCUGCAGGAAUCUACUGGAAUGCUUCGACUAGAUUUGCCGAUGGUUUCAGGUACGGGUUUGGCACUGAAGUAGGUAUCAGCACAAACAAAAUCCACGCAAGAGGCCCCGUUGGCUUGGAAGGGUUGACUAGUUAUCAAUACCAUUUGAGAGGUGAUGGGCAUGUUGUUGGCGACUAUAUUGGUGGAGGCGGAAAUAAAAAGUUUUUACAUGAAGAUAUAUAG